UCCCCCAAAGAGGAAGCAAUAUUAAAAAGAAAUAUUCUCGAAAUGCCCAAGAAACGUCAAGUUCGAAUGCUCCAAGAUUUGGCUCUACAUUCAAUCGGCGAGUACGUCACUGAUUUUGGUAAAAACAUCAUUCGACCGUCAGUGUGUCGCAUCAUUUCACAAAGUAAAUCGGAAAUAAAUCUCUUAGCACUCGAGACAAAGCUUGUCCAGGGAAUGAAAUAUCAUUUGAGUUCGAGCGUUCCCUGGCAUCUCUAUGAUAAACUCUCAAUUCACGUUCUUCGUGCCAUUGAAAAUCUGGUCAAUGAAAUGAACAAUUUCUCCAAUAAUGUUGAUUAUUCGACGACAAUUCUCGCCGAGAUACAAAUUGUCAUCACACGUCUCACUGAAAUUGUGAUUCAUGAGAAUUUGCGAACGAUUGAAUUCACAGCUUGGCCGAAAAUAAUGCGUCACGUGCUGUACAAUAAAUUACAUGAGAUGAGCGGUUUGGAAGUACUUGAUCUUGGUUCGGGUUCCGUUGGAUGGCGUACAUCGGACAUUGAGAAAAUUAUCAUUGCCGCUGUUGGAUUCAUGAAGAAUUUAAUUGCAUUCACACUCUGCUUCGAUUGCACGGACAAUAUUGUAUUUGCCCUGAGUGAAAAUUGUCAAAAAUUACAAAAAGUCGAUGUCACCGCCUCGGGAUGUGUGACAGAUCGUAGUAUUCCAUUUUUAAUCAAGUGUCAUCGUUUAAGGGACAUUAAACUAUUUCGCACUUCGGUGAGUAUUGCCGGCUAUGCGAAUCUACUGUUGGGUCAUCGUAAUUUGGAGAAUAUUGGCCGAUACGAUGAACUCGGUUAUGUGCUCGAAUAUAUUCGCAACAAUAUUGACAAUUUUAAGGAACCAUUUUCACUGCGUGUUUUCGAGAGUCGUAAUGUGAGGACCGAUCAUCUUUAUUUACUCGUUGAAAUGUGUCCGUUCAUAACGAAUUUCUCAAUUCUUCGCGACGAGAAAAUUGAAGAUUUAAGUUGCAUUCUAGCCCCAUUGAAUCAAUUGAAGGAAUUGAAAAUUCUCUCCUGUAGUUUCUAUCGGAACGGACUAAAUAAUUUAUUGAAUUUAAAGGGCAAUAAUAUUGUGAAUUUACAUUUGGAGCAUGUCGAUGAAAUUGACAUGUCGGCUCUCGUUUGUAUCAGUCAAUCGUGUCCAAUGAUCAAGAGCCUCAUGUUUUAUAAUUGUGAAUUUUUGGAAUUGAUGAGUCAACAAUUGAGUGAUCGAAAAGUGGCCGUGACGCCAUUUCAAUUUUUAGAGCGAAUUAAAUGCGCUUCAGAGUGCUCUAAUAUGCAUUUGGAAUAUUUAUUGUCAUAUUGCGUUAAUGUGAAAUUCAUUCAAUUGGGCUCGUCGACGGGCAUUGACGACACGACAAUGAGAAGAAUUUUAUUGAGGAAUCCAAUGAGCCAACUGGAGGAAUUGAAAAUACUCUAUAGCGCCGAUUUAUCAAUGAGUACUGUGAAAUUGCUCAUGGAAAAUUGUCAUAAUUUGAGACGUAUUUCAGAAUUGGAAAGUUGGCAAGGAAUUACUUCCGGAGAAUUAGAUAUCUUUCGACGUGAAAUUAAAUCUAAUAAUAUUGAGUUAGACACGAGUCCCACAUUAUCAUUGGCAUGAGAAAUUUUUCUUUUAUGUUAAUUUUUUUUCUUUUCGAAGAAGCAACUUUUUAUUUCGUACAAUGAAAAAUUUUGAUAUUAAUGAAACUGGUCAGGGAUAUUUAUAAUAAUAGAUAGAAGAAAAAAAGAUAGUGAUAACUGAAUAUUUUUUUACACUUUUUUGUAUAUUUUGCAAAAUGUAGAAAGA